AUGUUCCCAGAUGAAACUCAUCAAUUUAAAGCAAUACUGCAUUUAUUGUUACAUUUUAGAUGGAUCUGGGUUGGGUUGGUUUCUCUGUAUGAGGAAGAUAGGGACAAGUUCAUUCAAAAGAGACUUUCCAUGUUUUCAGAGAAAGGAAUCUGCUUUGACUUUAUAGAAUGUUUUCCCCAAAUGAUGUAUGGUAGUCAAGCUGGUGAAAUGAUGGAAAAUGGAGAAAAAUUAUACAAAGUCAUUAUGGAAAGUACGGUCACUGCAGUCAUCUUGAGUAUUGAAAUUACAGGCAUGUUGUUUUUGAGAGUAAUGAUCAAUGUUUUCAAUGUUGAUAAUAUUCCAAAGGAGAGAACAGCCAAAGUUUGGAUCAUGACAGCCCAGAUGGAAUUCACCUCCAUUCUGAUACAACGACAGUUCCACAUUGAUUUUCUCCAUGGUGCACUUUCCUUUGCAAUUCACUCAAAGGAGCUGACCGGAUUCCAACAAUUUAUACAGAAGAGAAACCCAAACUUAGAGAAAAAUGAUGGGUUUAUUAGGGAUUUCUGGAAAGAUGCAUUUGAAUGUUCCUUCUCCAGGGAUAUUACAGAUGGGAACGCUGAAAGGAUCUGCACUGGAGAAGAGAAUCUGGAGACUCUUCCUAAUUCUGUCUUUGAGACCACCAUGAAUGCACAUAGUUACAGCAUCUACAAUGCAGUCUAUGCUGUAGCACAUGCUCUGAAGGCCAUGCGCUCUUCCAAACUCAAAGGGGGUCGAAAAAUUGAUGAGAGGAGAUGGAAGCUCUUCCUCCGAUCACCUUGGCAACUCCACUAUUUUUUGCAACAAGUCUCCUUUAACAACAGUGCUGGAGAACAGGUUUCUUUUGGCCCGAAUGGGGAAUUAGAAACUGGAUUUGAUAUUUUAAAUUGGGCCACAUUUCCAAACAAAUCCUUUCUGAAAGUCCAAAUUGGAAAGAUUGACCCCCAGGCUCCCCCAGAAAAGCUAGUCAUAAUUUCUGCAAAGGAAGCUGUUUGGCCUCUUAUGUUUAACCAGGCAUUACCUCUUUCCAUCUGUAACAAGGAAUGUCCUCUUGGCCAUAGUAAGAUAAAAGUGGAAGGAAAAUUAUCCUGCUGCUAUGACUGUAAACCAUGUCCAGAAGGGAAGAUAGCUGACCAAUUGGACUUGGAUGACUGUUUUCCUUGUCCAGAGGAUCAAUAUCCAAACAAGGAUAAGAAUAAUUGCCUUCUAAAACAUAUAAUAUAUUUAACUUAUCAAGAACCUUUGGGGAUUUCUUUGGCAGUGAUUGCAGUCUCCUUUUCUGUCAUCUCAGCUGUGGUCCUCGGGAUAUUCCUUAAACAUCAGGACACACCUAUUGUGAAAGCCAAUAAUAGGAACCUCACUUACAGCCUUCUUGUUGCUCUCCUGCUCUCUUUCCUUUGCAGUUUGCUCUUCAUUGGGCAACCUGACCAAGUGAAAUGUCUCUUGAGACAAACUGCUUUUGGCAUCAUCUUCUCUGUAGCUCUUUCUUGUAUAUUGGGGAAAACAAUCAUAGUGGUCCUUGCUUUCAUGGCCACCAAGCCUGGAUCCAAAAUGAGAAAAUGGGUGGGGAACAGGUUGGCUAUCUCUAUUGUCCUAUCUUGCUCCCUGACACAAUUCUGCAUUUGUGUGGUGUGGCUCACUAUUUCUCCACCCUUCCCAGAUUCUGACAUGCACUCCAUGGCUGAAGAAAUUGUUCUACAAUGCAAUGAAGGUUCAACCACUAUGUUUUAUACAGUGCUUGGCUUUCUGGGGUUCUUGACUGCUUUCAGUUUCACUGUGGCCUUCCUAGCCAGGAAUUUGCCUGAUACCUUUAAUGAAGCCAAAUUUAUUACCUUCAGCAUGUUGGUCUUUUGCAGUGUCUGGGUGUCAUUUAUUCCCACCUAUUUGAGUACCAAGGGAAAAUACAUGGUGGCUGUAGAGAUCUUCUCCAUUUUGGCUUCAGCAGCUGGAUUACUGCUCUGCAUAUUUUCCCCCAAAUGCUUUAUCAUUGUUCUGAGACCUAAUCUGAAUAAGAAGGAGCAACUAAUGAAAAAAUGAAACUGAUUUUGACACCAUAUCCUUAUGAAACCUUAUUGGUUGCUUUCAGCAUUUAGAUUUUUUUUUUCCUUUUCAAUCUGAAGUUUAGCCUUCUUCCUUCUAUCACCAUAUCAAUGACCUACAAAGCAAUAAUUCUGACAAAUUCACUUCAGAACCUAGAAAAGUUCCCUUAAUCGAUUUUUAAUGCUAGAUAAUUAUUCUGAGCCCUAAUCAGAAUAGUAAGCAA